AUGAGUACCACGGAGAUCGUGACAGUGUCCAGCCGAAUUGAGUCCCAUGAACUGCAUACCUGGCCAGCCCCCGUAUCGCAAACACCAGUAUCUCAACCCGCCACUAGAACGCCAAUCCGCAGCUCCGAGCUCGACCAUGAAGCAGUAGCUGAUAAUGAGCACGAGGUAUCACAACUGGCUCCCGUAGAUGGAGGGAUUGCAGCAUGGCGACUCCUCGGCGCAGCGUUUGUAUUUGAGACUCUGCUAUGGGGGUUUCCCUUAUCUUUUGGUGUGUUCCAGGACUACUACUCGAGAAUCCCUGCUUUUUCGAGUAGUCCAUACAUCGGUGUCAUCGGCACAAUAGCCUCUGGUCUCGGCUAUAUAGGAGCCCCCUUCAUUAUGCCUUUCAUCCAGAAACACCAACGGUGGCGACGGCAGAUGAUCUGGGUUGGCUGGCCCAUUUGUAUUGGUGGACUUGUGGCUGGCUCUUUUGCCAAUACUCUCGGGACUCUGAUCCUCACUCAAGGUGUCGCCUACGGUAUCGGGUUCCUGAUCCUUUACUAUCCUAUCCUCAUGAUGGUCAAUGAGUACUGGAUUGCUCGUCGCGGGAUGGCUUACGGCUUGCUUUGUGGUGCGUCUGGAGUUUCCGGCGCUGUAAUGCCAUUUGUUGUACAGGCUCUUCUCUCAACUUAUGGCUAUCGGACGACGCUCCGUGCUGUUGCCGUUGGCCUAGCCGUUCUAACGGGACCUCUCAUCCCGUUCCUUGACGGGCGAUUACCGCCUUCCGCGCACAUCAACACCCCCAAGACGAAUUGGUCUUUCUUCAAGAGUCCUCUUUUCUGGCUAUACUCUAUAUCCAACUUAUUCCAGGGAUUUGGGUACUUUUUCCCGUCAUUAUACCUCCCAUCUUUCGCGACGUCGCUUGAUCUCGGUGCAAGAUCUGGGCCUAUACUCCUCGCCGUCAUGAGCGUAUCCCAGGUUGCAGGGCAGUUUGUCUUCGGAUAUCUCUCAGACCGUAAGCUACCACUCGAUAUACUUGCUUGUUCCUCAACCCUUGUUGCCGCCGUGACGUCCCUCACUAUGUGGAGGCUGGCAGAUUCUUUUCCAGUCCUCAUCGGCUUCACUAUUCUGUAUGGCUUCUUCGGGGCGGGCUUCACUGCUAUCUGGGCAAGAAUGAGCACGACUAUUGCGGACGACGCGACAGCCGGGCCGAUUGUCUUUGGCCUGCUCAACUUUGGCAAAGGUGUUGGCAAUGUGCUCGCGGGCCCCAUCGGCGGUCUGCUGGUUUAUAACAACAGUGCCCUACAACACUCGUCUACUGCUGAGUCUUUGAUUCCGUCAUCGUAUCACUGGGUUAUAAUCUUUACUGGGUGUUGCAUGUUUGCGAGCACGUCUACUAUACUCUUGCGACAUACCGAAGAAAUGGAGCCUUCCGACAACACGCGUGGUACAGAAAAUCGCAGUUAUCUUGGGCGAGUUAAUGACGGCCUCGAUGAAAUCCUUCGGCUCGAUGAUGUUUGGGAAGCCGCAUGGGAAGAACCCAUUGGGGACGAGGAUGGAAUGAUACUUGUUGAUGCUAAGCAGUAUGCCGCCUUUCUUAAAUGGCAGGCUGGGAAUCUCGAAGGUGAGUCUACUAACGCCCCACUUGAGCCCAAAGGUAAGUCCAUGGAAAUCUCCGAGAAGAAGGAGAAUACCGACCCAAACCAGCAUGAGAAGAGAGCAAGCAACGUGCAGUCACUCCAGCAUAAUGCUGAGGACCGACGUCUACCUGUAUGUAGUGAUUCAACGAGUGGUGACGAAGCCCAAGCAUGUCUGUGGGUAGAAGAGCUUCUUCAGACGAUUCGAGGUGUACACUCUGGCUACGGGGUGCACAACUGGGACUGGACGGGAAAUUGGUAUGGGAUCUUCGUCCCAGAGCCAAUCUACAAAGAAAUGUCCUGCUUCGAGGGUCUCUGA